AUGACCGGGGACGGAGCUGAGGCAGAAAUGGAUCAACUUAGGACUAAGCGAACUGUUCUUCGAGGUCGAAAUACACGGGUCAUUAAUGAAGCGAAGGCCCUGUUGGACGCCGAAGGUGCAUCAACUCAGGAGCUUACCGAGUGCCUCGAACGUCUCACGCUUUAUAACACGGAAUUGAGACAGGUAAACUGCUCUUUGGAGCCACUCUUUGCUAUCGAAGACCUUGAGCGAGAGCUCACCACCAGCGACGAGUACGAUGAGCUGGCCCUGAAGACACUGUCCAUGUUAAAGUUUCGUAUUCCGCGAGUAACAGAAGUUGCAACUGCUUCUAGUACCUCUUCACCCGUGACCAGUGGAGGUGAGGAAGCCUCACGAGAAAAUCGUAGAAGUGGGGCGAAGCUUCCAAAGUUGGAAAUACCCAGGUACAACAGAGACUUAUGCAGUUGGCAACCGUUUUGGGAACAAUUCAGAGAUGCAAUACACACCAACCGGUCUCUAACUCAGUCAGAAAAAUUUCAUUACCUUCGAGCCCUCUUGACUGGACCCGCUGCAGCAGCAAUUGCAGGGCUACAAGUCACUGAAGCCUGCUAUGAGGAUGCUGUGAGCCUGUUGAAGGACCGUUUCGGCGAUAAAGGGAGAAUCGAAAAUGAGUAUCUGUCGCGGCUGCGACAUCUCCCUACCGUAAUUUCUUCAAAUAACGUAUCAUCGAUGAGGAAGCUGUACGACUAUUUGCAGGCAAACAUUCGUGGCCUCACCUCGUGA